AUACUAUAUCUCAAAUGUUUUUCAAAAUAUAAAAUAUGAAUUUCACUAAUAAAAGACCCUGGGGAAUUUUCAUAUUUUAGAAAUGAUGCCUAUCCAUUGAAAUAAUGGUAAAUAUGUUUUUUUUGUCAAUAUAUCAAGCAUUUGAAAAGGCCAAAAGUAAGUUAUAAUUUUCAGUUAAAUGAAACAAAACCUUUUUUGUUUUAUAGAAGUGGGACAAAUUUAUAAGGUGCUUGAGCGAUAUUACGGUAUUUGUAGGGUCAAACCUUGUUUAAUUAAUUUUGAAGUUGUGGGAAUAAUUGGGGGUCAAGUGACCCACUUGUCCACUCAUGGCUCCGCCGAUGGUUUUGGGCCCGCAACAUCAUCGGUGGGUAAUGAUUGAAAUAUUAUGUGAUUUAUGAAGUAUAUAUAUUUGCGAAAAUUGUAGCCACGACACGUAUUUUCUUGACACGUAUUAUUAGAUUCUCUCUCUCAUUUCCCAUAUCUCUCUCCUAUAUAUAGCUUGCAAACAUGCGUUAUAGUAGUGCAUACAGAUCCUAUAGAUAAAGCGUUCCUGUUGCUCAACAAAGAGGACAUUUCCAGGGAACAUUUUCAUUCUUGUUUUCUUGUCAUUUUAAUUAGCACUUCCACAAAAAUGGACAGAAAUUUGCAACGUCAGGUUGCCUCCAUGAGGAAGUCCCUCUUUGAUCAGGGGUACCUCGAUGAGCAAUUUAUUCAGCUAGAGGAUUUGCAGGAUGAUGCUAACCCAAAUUUUGUAGAGGAAAUUGUAACAUUGUUUUACACCGAUUCAGCUAAACUCAUCCGAAACAUAGAUAAUGCUCUAGAGAAUAAUCCUACUGAUUUUGGGAGGCUGGAUGAUUACAUGCAUCAGUUCAAGGGUAGAAGCUCAAGCAUUGGAGCAAAAAAGGUGAAGACUGAAUGCACACAGUUCAGGGAAUAUUGCAAUGCUGGAAAUGCUGAAGGAUGUAUUAGGACAUUCCAACAAGUGAAACAAGAGCUUGCAACCCUUAAGAGGAAGCUUGAAACUUACUUUGAGAUAGCAAGACAAGCUGGUACUUAAACUGCAUGGCCCCAAGUAAUGAAUACUGCAAACAUGACGAUGUGAUGAGAACAAAGAUGGCGCACAUAAUAACUAUACUACAAAAGUUUGCGGCUGGUUAUGAAAUAACAUCAAGAAUCUCGUAGAUCUCCCA